UGCGCUAAUAGUCCCUCCUAGCUUGCCCAAAAUGGAUUAUUUAGAAGUUGACGAAGAGCAAGAAAAGUGUGCUCGUCGCUUAACUUACUUACUCGGUCUUUCGACGACCUCCUCGAAGGAGCUCCUCUUAAAAGAACUCAAUAUUAAAGACACCAUUCGACUAGCUGAUUCUAGUCUGCAGCCCCUUUAUAAUUGGCUGGAACUCGAUUUCCAUCCGCUGGAUUUGUGCCAGCGAGUUUCUAGUCUUUUUGAUUCGAUCCAAAAUAACGAGCACUAUCGCAUGUACGCAGAACCUAUGAAAAGAACGGCAGCCACUCGUGCUUUGCAACAAUUGGCUAAAGUUUAUGAGACCAUUACCAUUUCCAGUUUGCAAGAAGUUAUUCCUUUUUGCUCUCAAAGAGAACUUCAUGAUAUUAUUCUUAAAAGCGUAAAAGAGCGAAUCCUGCAAGCGCGAAUUAAUCAUCGCACGCAAACUGUUUCCUUCGGAGCGGAUUUGUUUUAUUCUUCUGAAGUGGAGCCUCUUCACAAGCAAAUUAUGCAAUCUUCUACCAUGCAAACUUUAUUGACUCAACUUUGCCGGAAACUUUAUGAUGCGUGUCAAGUCAUUGAUCCCUCCAUUGAAGCUUCAGUAAAAGCAAAGAAAAUAGCGACGUUUACUUUUCAAAGCAAUUAUGUGGAAGUUGAAAGAGAAAAACUUCUCGCUAGAAAAAAUGAAAUUGAACUUCGACGUUCCCUUGUAGAAGCAGAAUAUAACCAGAGCGAUCGAUACUCUCAGCAGCUGAAAGAAAGGCAACUUGCUGAAGAACAUCAGAAAGAACUACAACGAAUAUCAGAAUUAAAAGCUCAAAAGGAAGAAGAAGAACGUCUAAAACUUUUGGAAAAACUUGAACUUGAAAGAAUCUUAAAAGUUCAAGAGGAACAGAAGAAACUCGAAAAACUUACAAAAGAACACGAACUUAAAAUAAGUCGAGCGGAAAGACGUUUAGAUCAUUUUGAAAGGGCUAAACGUUUAAUAAUGAUCCCCAAAAUGAUCGCGGAAAGAACGAAAAAAGUUACUGAAGAUAAAAAAUACUUAAAGGAGCAGUUUUUAUUGAGAGUGGAAAGAGAACGUUUGCAGCACGAAAAAGCUCUUCUUAUUAAAGCGAAUAUUACUAAAAUGCUUGAAGCUAAAGACCAAAUUUUGAACAGUAGAAAAGUGAAAGAGGAACAACUUUACUUAGAAAAGUUACAGCAGAACUUUAAACCUCGCAUUCAGAAAGUCCUACUAGAAAAACGCGAACAACGACUGCAACAGAAGCGAGAAGAAGAAGAGCGUUUAGCCGCUCAAAAGCGGAAAGAAAAAGAAGAAAAAGAAGCAAGAAAGAAGCGCGAAGAGGCACUUGAAAAAGAGCGCCAAGCUAGAGAAGCAAAAGCCCGCCUGGAAGAAGAACAAAAACGAUUGGAGGAAGAAGCUAAAGCACGUGAGCAAAGCGCUAACGAGGGAAAAUGGGAAACCGCCGGGCCCCGUGGACGUACUAAUCCGCCCUCUCGAGAAGUGGAGCAAUCACAUGAUAAUGUUAAAGAAAACAGAAGAUUGAAAAGUUAUGGUUUCGGAUUUCCUGAGCGAAAGCAAAAAAGCUGUGAGCCUUCUUCCAAUGCUGCUUCUCCCCAAGACCAACAACCACGUUUGCGAUCCGCUUAUGAGAUGCAACGGAGCCGUUAUGGUUUAGACGAGAAAAAAAAAGAUUUAUUGUGGGAUACUAAAAAAUCUAAUUUUGGGGCUCAAAAAAAAGAAGAGAUUCCUUGGAAAAGGAAAGAAUAGAAAAAUCUGUGUUGAAUACUCCUAUGAACUUCUUAGCUUAUAUAAAAAUCUAGUAUAGAUAAAAAUAUAUAAAUAAACAUCAUUUAUUUUGA